CGGCUUGACUUCAUAUUAAUAAACAGUGUGUCGCACAACGUGCACGUGUGCAAGGUUUGCGAGGCAAUCCACGCAGCUUUCACGAAUCGUCCGCCACAUACAGUUUGGAAUUGGUGUAACGGAAAUUUGCACAAGCGUAUGUGCAGUACGCAGACUAUAUUUUUUUACCCAACGUUCGAUCGAAUAGGUGGCAGCGGCAGCGUGUGUCCAUUUAUUCAUACGUAAAAAAUGGCGGAUUGCAAGGAGAGUGCAGAGCAACCGGGCCAUUCGUCGCUCAUCCUGAAAGUCGAUCCGCCUGAAGACUCCUCGAAAAGCUCCGCCGAAAACUCGGAACAGAGUAAUUCAACCACGUCGACCGACCGAGAUAAAGUAGAAGAUCAAAUGGCCCAGAAGCCAAGUGAUCACGAAUCGACGCUUGUAGCUGUUAAUUCUUCUACUAAAAUAAAUUGUGUGCUAGCCGCUUCAAAACUUGGCAAUUCAUUUGGAGCAAAUGAAUCUUCAAAUAUUGUAACUAGUAAAUCAAAGUCAUCUAUAUUAAGGCCGUCACAACUAAGCUCAGUUACCAAUAGUUCUUUAGCUAACGACAAGAACGUUCUGCAGCCUUCAAAAUUUAACAAUCCGUUCACAAAAGUUACUGACAAUUCUAUAGAAGAAGAAGACACAUCUGCAACGCAGAGCAAUAAAGGCGAGUUGAGCAAAGAUAUUAAGGACGAAGAGAAGCCCGCGGAAGAGGCAAAACCGAAAUUUUUGCCUCUGGACAUAAGCACGAAAGAGAACGAGAACAAUGUAAAUAGCACUAUGGCACCCAGUGCCUCCACUCCUAGCUUUGUCUUUGGUCAGAAUUUAAAGGAACGUGUCACUGUUUCGACUGAUACAGAAAGUUCGGACAAUUCGGAGAAGGAAGAAGCGAAGAGUGAAACGAAAGAGGAGACCAACGAGAACGGAUCGUCCGAACUUCUGUUCUCAAACGCAGCUGCGGUUUGCCGUGCCACCGUCAGGCCAGGUUUAACGUUAAGCCAGGCGGCGCAGGCGCUAGAAGAGGCUAACCGCGCUAACAAGAGAAAAUAUAAUCAAGUGACACUGUUGACCGGCGAGGAGGGCGAAACGAACGUUCUGCAAAUCAACUGCAAAUUGUUCGCGUUUGAUAAGACCACUUGCAGUUGGCUGGAAAGAGGUAGAGGUACGUUGAGACUGAACGACUUGGAGGAGGAAUCCCGCUUAGUCGGCCGUACUGCCGGCACACAGCGGGUGAUACUGAACACAAAAGUGUGGCCGGGUAUGACCGCGGAGCGAGCUGGGCCAAAAUCUUUGAGGCUGACUGCGAUGGAGAUGGGCGAUGUGCGAAUCGUUAUCGUCCAGGCAGCGCCCAAGGAAAUCGAUCAGCUGCACAUUCUUCUGCUACAACGGCUCAAACGUGCCCAAGAGCGCCCGGCGUCCACGAAGAGGCUAGCGACGGAACACUGACAACCGAUCGGCAACUUUGGCGAGCAGGCGUUAACCGUCUGUCAGCUUAAUUCGUGCAACAUAGAGAUCACUAACACGUGAGAAGAGCUAAAAAUCCUUCGGAGUAUAAGGCCCUAUCUAGUACGUGCGCAAUAGAAUGGCUAUGAUUUGUGCCUUCCUUCAGAAGUCGCAGUCCCACCCACUUCACCUCUCCCUGGUAGUUCGACAUCAGUAUUCAUCGAGGAGCCUGAUCAGGAGAACUAAGUCGUGGCACUUGUAUCAAGUUGAAUUCUUAUAUAUUUGCUUUCUUCUCUUGAUAUAUAUAUAUAUAUAUAUAUAUAUAUAUAUAUAUAUAUAUAUACACACAUAUAUAUAUAUACAUACACACAUAUACACACACAUAUAUCAUACAUACAUACAUACAUACAAACAUAUAUAUACAUACAUAUAUACAUACAUAUAUACAUAUAUAUAUAUAUGUUUUUUUAUUAUUUUUCUUUCUCAUUUUUGUUUUUUCUCCCCGAAAAUAGCCUGUCUAUGAUCAUUCCCGAUUGACGUUCUUUUAUUUGAAAUUUUCUUACAAAUACGAAGGUGCGUCCGUGUGCGUGUAUGUUGUUGCGGGAGCUAGGUAACGAUUUUUAAGAGAUAGCAUAGUUAUCAACUACACGUAAGUCGCAAAGAAGAAUUGUAAAGUAAUUAGUACUUCAUUAGCUGUUGGAGUAUACCUCUGCGAAAAAGAAAAAAAGGGGAAAAAUGGAUAUUACAACGUGCGUAUAUUACGUAUGGCGUGUCGUCGAGGAACUUGGAGGAAGUUUAUAUCACAGUACGGACCGUGUGCAUGUGAGAUCGCUGCAACAAGCUAUUUUUUUCAAACAGUGAUGCGUCACAAUUGAUCGAUCUUAUAGAUCUAACUCGGUAGCUUUGAGCGUAGUAUUUAUCCUUAAGGGCGCGAGGGCUGGAAAGGAACGAGUUGCGCGGUCUGCACAGUCGCAUGCGUAUGUGUGUGUGUGUGUAUGAGCGCGCGCGCUCACAGUAACAGCGUAUCGUCGCUGCCACGUGUAUUUUAAUCUAAAGGAAGGUUUCUGGGAACGUACAGCGUUACACAACGGCAUUAUUAAUGUAUAUUAUUAUUAUUAUUAUUAUUAUUAUAUUCUCUUAGAAUAUUAUAUUAUUAUUACUACAAUUAUAAAUAUGCUGUUUCAUUUUAGAUGUAAAUAAAAUCCUCGCGCGAGCAAGCCGACGGCAGAAGAGAGAA